CUAUAAGUACCUAUCUUCUUCUCUUGAAAGUUGAAACCCAUUAAAGAAAUAGUUAAAACCAGCAUGGAUCGCAUAACACUUUCUCUGUGUAUACUAAUCUUGGGUGCAGCCAUCCAUGGCUGCCGUGCCGCCGUUGAAUACACAGUCACCAACACGGCGGCCAACACGACCGGCGGCGCCCGCUUCAACCAAGAAAUCGGAGAAGAAUACUCCAAAAACGUCCUAGACGCCGCCGCCAACUUCAUAUGGAGGGUCUUCCAGCAGAACUGCACCGGCGACCGGAAAGACGUCCAGAAAGUGAGCAUGUUCGUGGACGACAUGGACGGCGUGGCCUACGCCAGCAACAAUGAGAUCCACGUCAGCGCCAGGUACAUCAACGGAUACUCCGGUGACGUGAAAGGGGAGAUCACCGGCGUGCUGUACCACGAGUCGACCCAUAUUUGGCAGUGGGACGGCAACGGCGCCGCCGACGGAGGGUUGAUAGAAGGGAUUGCCGAUUUCGUGAGGCUGAAAGCCGGGUACGCGCCGAGCCACUGGAGGAAGGCCGGGGAAGGUGGCCGGUGGGACGCCGGCUACGACGUGACGGCGUGGUUUCUGGACUACUGCAAUGAUCUUAAGAAUGGAUUCGUCGCUGAACUCAACAAGAAAAUGAAAGACGGUUACAAUGACAGUUACUUCUCCGACAUCCUGGGAAAAACAGUUGACCAGCUCUGGAAGGAUUACAAGGCUAAAUACAACAGCACUAAUUAACUCCCUAUCCCUAAAUUUGUCCCACAACUUGUACGAUGAUGUUUACCAAUAAAUUUCCUUAAAUAUCUAGAACAACAACUAUAAACAUGGAAGCAGAAUUCCUAAGAUAAU